AUGCAAUUUUCCGAAUCCCAAAGCCGCUUCCUGGAUAGCGUCCAAGGCGCUCUCCGUCGCUAUGAUUCACAGCUGAAAGAUAUCAAUCAGAAGAUCUGGUCAAAUCCCGAACUUGCAUACGCAGAGUUCGAUGCACAUGAUCAUAUCUGUGAGCUCUUCGACAAUCUCAAAGCGGAAGGAUAUUCCGUCACCCGCAAAGCAUAUGAUCUGGAGACUGCCCUUGUUGUCGAAUAUAAGCAAGGUGAUGGCGGUCGAGUUGUGACCUUCAACGCUGAAUAUGAUGCUCUUCCAGGGAUUGGACAUGCAUGCGGUCACAACCUCAUCGCAACUAGCUCGAUUGCAGCCUUCAUUGCAGCAUGCGAGGCUAUGAAAGCCCAAUCCAAACAAUCCUCAGGCAAUGGAUUCACUCUUCGUCUCAUGGGAACUCCCGCAGAAGAGUCCGGAGGUGGGAAAGUGCGUCUCCUGAAUGAAGGAGCUUAUAAGGAUGUGGACGCCUGCCUCAUGGUUCACCCUAUUCCGAUGGUGCCCGGGAACCCUGACCUGAUGGGCAUGGCCUCCGUGGUAGAAGGUGGAUUCCUCGCCAAUAACAAAGUCAAAGUGACUUUCACUGGUAAGCCGGCACAUGCUGCUGCCGCUCCUUGGGAAGGCAUCAAUGCAUUGGACGCUGUGGUUUCGGCAUAUGUCAAUAUUUCAAUGCUGCGCCAGCAGAUACUUCCCACGCAGAAGAUCCAUGGAGUCAUUGCUAAUGGCGGUGAUCGGCCGAAUAUCAUUCCGAUGUCCGCGACUGUGGACUAUUAUAUUCGUUCUCCGACCGUCAAGUCACUUAAACCCCUGACUGAAAGAGUGGUGAAAUGUUUUGAGGCGGCUGCAACUGCAACUGGCUGCAAGGUUGACUUUGAGUGGGGUCCUUCAUACGACGACCUCAAAUCCAACAUACCGAUUUGUGAAAGCUAUGUCUCUGUGAUGCGUGCACUGGGCCAUCAUACAUUGCUUGAUAACUCGACACAGAAGAGCACUUUGGCCGGGGCUUCUACAGACAUGGGCAAUGUCUCCUAUGCAGUUCCUGGCUUCCAUGGAAUUUUCACCAUUCCCACUGAUGGUGUCAACCACACGCCCCAGUUUACUAAGGGCGCUGGCUCCGAGGAGGGAUACAAGAGAGCCCUUGCAUGCGCAGCGGGAAUGGCCGUCGUGGCCUGUCAGAUACUCGUGGACGAUGAAUUUGCUGCGGAUGUGAAGAGGAACUUUGAUGAAAACUGA